AUGAUCAUGUGGCGCUGGUCCCUGCUGGCCGCCGUGGCAGCGGUUUCUACAGUCAGUGCUGGUCAAUGGGUUCAUGAUCCAUAUGAUGUGACGACACUGCAGUCCGCGCCUGCAGCAUGCUGGAACCCCGACGCAGAGAGCCCACAAUUUACGUUGGUUGUUAUGCCGGAUACGCAGUAUCUGUUUGACGAAAACCGUAUCCAUCCACAGCCGAUGGAAGAGGCCUUUGAGUAUGUCAUGUCAUGCAAGGAGAACAAGGAGAACAUGGUGUUCCUGGCGCAUCUCGGCGACGUAGCGCAGAACGGCUUGGCCGAAGAGUAUGCUAUGGCGACGCAAGCCUUUGAUCGUUUGGACCAUGUAGGCGUCGCAUACAGUGUGCUUGCAGGCAACCAUGACAUCGACUCAAGCACGGACGACCAACGUGGCUCGACGCCCUAUUUGGAUGCGUUCCCCACGUCGCGUUUCCAAAAGUCGUCAACGUGGCGUGGCGCUUCUCCGGAUGGCUACAACAACUACCACAUCUUCCGUGCCGGUGGCCGCGAAUGGCUUCUACUCUCCCUGGACUGGCGCAUGUCGAAUGGCACAUUCGACUGGGCGAACCAUGUGCUGAAGACACAUGCGUCCUUGCCGACCAUUCUGACGACCCAUGAAUUGGUCACAGCUGACACGGGUGACACCGUAUUUAGCGAGUAUGGUGAGGAAGUGUGGCAGCGUCUGAUUCAGCACCAUGCCAAUGUAUUCCUCACACUGAAUGGCCACUUUUGGCCGCCAGGUCGGACGAGCCGCACAAAUCAAGCAGGGUUGAGGGUCGAUGCCCACAUUACCAACUACCAGAACAGGUACUAUGGCGGCUCAGGUAUGAUCCGUGCGUAUCGUUUCGACAUGGAGAAGAACACGAUCGACGUGCGCACGUUCUCGCCAUGGACACAGCGUCUCGUGCGCGAAAAACUCGCGAAUACACUGGCAAAGGGUGAAGAAGCGUUGACGACAGAUGUGGACCAAUUCACAAUGCAUGUGGAUUUCGCGACGCGAUUCUCUACGAAUAAGACCAAGCGCGACUCGAGCGCAGACAAGAUGGUGUUGGAGGGCACGCUGGCCUACUGGCGCUUUGAUGGCCACAAGAACGGCGCAGCAUUGUCGUCGUCCGAUACGAUCGAAGACUUGUCGGGACAUGGCAACACGCUUGUGGUGAAACCGGCGAAUGGCAGUGACAUUACACGUUUGCACUGGAGUAAUGACCACCAUCCGAAGCAGAGCGGUCAUGGAAGUAUCGUGUUCACGGGCCAGAAGAUACCGUUGGAGGGCGCGUACUUGCAGACCGUUGAUGAAGCACCGCUGAACAAUGAGACGUUCGAGCAUGGCUACACAUUUGAAGCCUUCUAUUACCUUCCUGACUCGUGGUCGUCGACGCAGAAUGCAUGGUCGGCGAUCCUGAGUCGCUGGGGUACAGCAGGCGAAGCGAACAAGACAAGUGACGAUACGGACAAGGACGAGCCGAUUGUGACGCUGAGUAUAUCGAAUGACCGGGAGCUGCAAUGGCGUGUUUACCCGCUCCAUCAGGAUGGUGGAUCGACAAACUGGGGUCAUGAGACGCCGCUGAAUCACUGGUGGCAUGUAGCUGUGGUGAACAAUGGAACCCUCACGAAGAUGUACGUUGAUGGCUCCGAAGUCGCCCGCAAUCCGGACCAAUGGACCCCGGGUCUUACAACACUGCAUCAACCAUGGAUGAUUGGCGGUUACGAGUACGCCAAGAAGCUGGAUCAGCUCUUCUACGGAAGCGUGGGCGAUGUUCGCAUUGUCAAUCGACCUCUCGCGCUGGAGGAGUUUAUGUGGCAGCCGUAG